AUGCCCGGGCUCCCAGCUUCCGUCGACCUUGACGAGUGCAUCUCGCGCUUGUACAAGAGGGAACUUCUCGCCGAAUCCGUCAUCGAGGCCAUUUGCGCCAAAACGAAAGAGCUGCUGAUGCGCGAGAGCAACGUCGUCCACGUUCGCGCCCCCGUCACCGUCGUUGGCGAUAUCCACGGCCAGUUCUACGACCUGAUAGAGAUCUUCAAAAUUGGUGGCUGGUGUCCAGACACCAACUACUUGUUUCUGGGCGACUACGUCGACCGCGGCAUGUUCAGUGUCGAAACGAUAUCUUUGCUUGUGUGCUUGAAACUUCGAUACCCCAAUCGCGUGCAUUUGAUUCGAGGCAACCACGAGUCUCGCGGCGUUACUCAGUCCUAUGGCUUCUAUACCGAGUGUUCAAGAAAAUACGGAAACGCCAACGUAUGGCACUACUUUACCGACAUGUUUGACUUUUUGACCUUGAGCGUGGUCAUCAACGACAAGAUCUUCUGUGUCCACGGCGGUAAGGCAGCCCGAAUCUCCACGCACGCGCGCGCCUACGCCGCUGCUAUCAGUUUCGACGGUCUGCUAAUAUGUAUUGCUCCAGGCCUCUCCCCAUCCAUUCACUCAAUCGACCAAAUUGUCAUCAUUGAUCGUUUCCGCGAGAUUCCUCAUGAAGGCCCCAUGGCCGACCUAGUGUGGUCUGACCCCGAUCCCGAGCGCGACGAGUUCUCUCUCAGCCCACGUGGAGCGGGCUAUACUUUUGGCGCACAAGUGGUUAAGAAGUUCUUGGCUGUGAACAACAUGGACCACAUUCUGAGAGCGCACCAGCUGUGUCAGGAGGGCUUCCAAGUUUUAUACGACGAUCGAUUGAGUACAGUAUGGAGUGCGCCCAAUUACUGCUACCGAUGUGGAAACAUGGCUAGUGUUCUGGAGGUCAGCGAUACUGGCGAGAGGUUUUUCAACGUCUUUGCUGCAGCACCAGAGAAUGAUCAGCAUAAAGAUAUGCAGCUGGGUGGUGGAGAAAAGCAGGCAGAUGGCAACUCCCUUCCCGAUUACUUCCUGUAA